AUGCCUCCGUCCACAGAAAUCCAACCCAAACUCGAGGAAGACGAGACGGCGCUUGAAACAGCGGAGGAUGUUCCAGUCAACAAAAUCACCAGCUUCAAUGGCAGGCUGCAGCAAUUCCUCCAUAAUGGGACCACAACACACGAAGCCACAAGUGCCUCGAGAACUACUAUAUCCCAGCGCGGCAUAACCACCACCAAGGCCGAAUACGAACGCCAAGCAGACCCCAUUAUCCCCAGCCCAAGACGCAAGAGAACAGUCCCACCAACAGCGCCAGCAACCACAGCCACGCACCAACGCACCACCCGUUCAAAAUCAGCCCUAAUGGCAACCUCUCCAUCCCCAAGCAAACGCAAGCGCAGCACAGCAACCCCACAAAUCCCACCCACGCCCCCAAUAGCGGGUCCUCCAGCUACAGAAUCCCUCCUGCGCGACACGAUCCCUCCGAACCUGGUCCUCCUACUCGUAGGCGUGAACCCGGGAAUAAUGACAGGCGUAACGGGGUACGCCUACGCACACCCGUCAAACCUAUUCUGGAAACUGCUCUAUUCGUCGGGGAUAACAAGCGUGCGCCACAUACCCGCCGACACAUACAAGCUUCCUGCGCUGUACAGCGUAGGCAACACGAACAUUGUGGAGCGGCCGACGCGUGACGCGAGCAUGCUCAGUCGCGCGGAGAUGGAUGCCGGUGUGCCUGUGCUUGAGGCUAAGGUUGCUGCGCAGAGGCCUGAGGUUGUUUGUCUUGUUGGGAAGAGUAUUUGGGAGGCUGUUUGGCGGGUUAGGCAUGGGAGGGGGAUUCGGAAGGAGGAGUUUCGGUAUGGCUGGCAGGCGGAGACGGAGAAUAUGGGUCGUGGUGAUGGUUGGGCUGGUGCGCCGGUUUUCGUCGCUACGACGACUAGUGGACUUGCGGCUGGGAUGAAGCCUGCCGAAAAGGAAGCUGUUUGGGCGGAAUUGGGGAGUUGGGUUGUGAAGAGGAGACAGGAGAGGGGGUUGGAAUCUGUGGUGGUUAAGGAGGAGGUUUGA